CCGGAAAUCAUCUCGACUGCGAAUGCGCGGCGCAAAUCGAGUAGGAGACUCGGAUCGGGUAGCCACAGGAUGAAAACCUUGGAGUUUUAUCACAUGUUGCAGAAAUAUCUCAUGGAGGGAGAGUUUCUCCCAAACUGCAAUAGAAGAGUGCGGAGUGAUAUACGUCGUGCGUGUGACAAAUUCAUCAUCAAAGAUGGCCGACUGUAUUAUGUCGGACCUAACAAGACAUACAUGCGCCUGGUGGUCAUGACUGAGGAUGAAAAGAAGUUUGCCCUAACGGAGUGUCAUGGUAACAGAGAGACCGGCAACCAUCAUGGUGUAAGAGGCACCAGAAACAGGGUUAUUGCUGGCUACUACUGGCCAACGCUUAUAAAGGAUGUAACAGAGUGGGUGAAGUCUUGUGAGCACUGUCAGAGCAACACCAGCAAGACGGGGAUGCCACCACUGCAUGCUGUGCAGAAACCGGUUCCGGUGAAGGUUUUAGUCACCCACAUUCCUGCCGCUGAUGAAGUCUGUCCUUCAGAAGAUCUAUGUCCAACAGAGGAGGAAGACCUACAGCAAAGUAAUGGGCUUCCCAUAAUUACAACAAUAGAGAGUGCGACGUCUUCAGAGGAAAUAAAGCCUUAUUUCCGAGUGGUAGUAGGAAAGGUCCGGACACUUCUAGAGCCUCCUUUGGCUCAGCAAUUGCUGGGUAAAAAUAAUAAUGACCAAAGCACACAAACCUCACACACACCUCAAGCACAUUCCACAACAAGCGAUCAGGAAGCAGAUAUCAAUUGCAUAUAUAAAAGAUAUUUGCUCCAAGAACUAGAAGUAAGGAAAGCAGAUCUCCAAUACACAAAGCUGAAAAUCAGAAAACUGGAACUGGAAAUAAAGAAAAUGGAGAAAGAAGUAAGCAGUCAAAUAAAGCUUUAAAUUGUAAUGUGCUCUUUUUUUUGCUCACGUUUUAACUGUUCCCCCCCCCCCCCCCCCCAUAGGCUGAACAAGAUCACUAAAACACAUUUGUUUUGUAAUACAAUAAACAUAAACUACAAUAAGGCUGUGUGAAUGAAUCUACCUCCAACAGUAAAUAUUUAUACACUCACUGGCCGCUUUAUUAGGAAUACCUG